AGCGCGGAUGCAUUUGACAAGUGAACGCGUGAUCAUGUGAUCAGUUGCCUGUCUCAACCCUCGAGUCCUCGACGAGCUUGACAAUUACAAAUCCCAAUUGCAAGAUCUGUGCAAGGUACCACGAAGUCAGGCCGUUUUCUCGUUGUUAAUAAUAUUAAAAGAAUCACGAUGGUGGAGACGGAGUCCAUUCCUGGUGCGACUUUAGUCAACAUGAUGCCAGUGAAUGAUCAUACCCUGUUCCGUAUCCACUCAUGGACGCUCAAGACGACAUCGGGCUGGUUCCGAUCCCUCUUUUCCAUGCCUCAACAAAGCCCUCCGAAUCACCCUGAGACCAUCAAUCUAGACGAGGACUCACAUACACUAGAGAGUCUGCUACUUAUGAUCUGCGGUCUGUCGAUCAAUCCGCUCACAUCGUAUGACGAGGUUGAUGCAUUAUUAUUCGCCGCGGAAAAAUACGAAAUGCCAGGGCCUGUCUCGCUCAUACGCGCGCUUAUUAUGACGCCCCCGCUCUUAGACCAGCCUCUGCGUCUCUAUGCAGCUGCAACACGUUGUGGAUGGGUAGAAGAGGCCAAACAGGCAUCCGCGCAGUCGCUUGCUCUGAACAUCUAUGCACCGGAACAUCAACCUAUCCUCCAAAAACUACGCACAGGCGCUGUGCUUGACCUGAUAAACUUGCAUCGCGAUCGACGCGAAGGCAUUCGGAAACAACUUAAUGAGCAGCCGUUUGUGACAGGAAGCACGGUGGCAUCUUGCCCACGGUGCAGAUGGUGGAUUGAUCAUCAUACGUGGAGAGAGCUCAAGUAUAAAGUUGUGAUGGAGAUGGAUAUACGACCGCUAGGAGAUACGGUCGUUGAUGUGGGAUUGACGAACUGGCCUGAGGCGAUCGCGUGUUGGGAUGCCAAGUGCCCUAAUACCGAGUGCCCGCAUGUGUUAUACGACAAGGUUGAGACUUCCCGUCUCAUUCGGGACUGUAUUGACGACCUUCCUAAGACAAUAUGAAAUGUAGUAGUGCAUCAUUAGACACGAUGUUAUGAUAGUCGAGCAAAUAUCAUUUACAGCUGGAUGUUCUAUGUAAGCUCAAAAUCUCCGUUCAC